AUGGCAGCUAAAAUGUCAUUUCUGGACGAGGAACUCUGCUGUUCUGUGUGCUGCGAAGUCUUCAAGGACCCUGUAGUCCUGAAAUGCAGCCACAGCUUCUGUAGAGGGUGUCUGCAGCAAUGCUGGGAAGAGAAGAGCUCUCGGGAGUGUCCCAUCUGCAGGAGGAAGUCUUCAGGAGAGGAACCUCCAACUAACCUGGUUUUAAAAAAUAUAGUGGAAUCAUACUUAAAGCAGAAGGCUGAGAAUGAAGCUGCAGGGAAGACUCCAGAGAAGAGUGAAGCUCGCUGCCGUCUUCAUGGAGAGAAGCUUUUACUCUUCUGUGAAGACGAUGAUGAGGCUGUCUGUGUCGUGUGUCAGACUUCAAAAAAACACAGAAACCACCAGCUCUGUCCAGCAGAGGAGGCUGUGCGUGAUUUGAAGGAGGAGCUCAAGAUUGCACUGAAUCCUAUUAAGGAAAAGCUGAAAAGAUUCACUGAAGUUAAACAAGAGUGUGAGAAAACAGCAGAACACAUCAGGAGUCAGGCCCAAAACACAGAGAGGCAGAUAAAGGCAGAGUUUGAGAAGCUCCACCAGUUCCUGCGAGAUGAAGAGGAGGCCAGACUAGCGGCACUGAGGGAGGAAGACGAGCAGAAGAGUCAGAUGAUGAAGGAAAAGAUACAAACUAUGACAAGAGACAUCUCUGCACUUUCAGAGAAAAUAACAGCUAUAGAGAAGGCCAUGCAUGUGGAAGAAAUCUCUUUCUUAAAGAUUCACAAAAGAAUCAAAAGAAGAGCCCAGUGCACACUGCAGGAUCCAGACAUGAUUUCAGGGGUGCUGAUAGAUGUGGCCAAACACCUGGGCAAUCUGAAGUUCAGAGUCUGGGAGAAGAUGCUGGGGAUGGUGCAGUUCACUCCUGUGACUCUGGACCCCAACACUGCAGCCCCCUGGCUCUGUCUGUCUGAUGAUAUGACCAGUGUGAGAUACACUGGAGUUAAACAGCAGCUUCUUGACAACCCAGAGAGGUGCAAUUACUAUGCGACUGUGUUGGGCUCUGAGGGGUUUACCUCAGGAAAACACAGCUGGGAGGUAGAAGUUGGGAACAAACCUCAGUGGGAUGUAGGAGUGGCUAAAGAGUCCAUCAACAGGAAGGGGGAAAUUACAUGUAGCCCACAGAGAGGAUUCUGGGCUAUAACUCUAAGGAAUGGUGAUGACUAUAAAGCCUGCACCUCACCAGCAACACCCCUCACACUGAAGAGGAAACCCCAGAGGAUCAGAGUGCAGCUGGACUAUAACAGAGGGAAGCUGUCCUUCUAUGACCCCAGUGACAUGUCACACAUCUACACCUUUAACGGAACAUUUACUGAGAGACUCUUCCCAUACUUCUUUCCAGGCAACAAUCCUACAUUCAAUAACUCUGGAGGCCUGAAGAUCUAUCCAGUGAAGGUGUCCAUAACAGUGACUUCAUCCUAG